UUUGGAUGGAGGCCAAACCCUGAAAUAUAAACGGCCGGGCGGCGGAGUGUUUUUCUCUCUGCGCAGCUCUCAGGGUCGCCUUCGUGUUGGACUGUAUCUGCCGGCGCUCUCACUGAUCAGCACUGAACAGGUUGAGGAUGUCUGGGCUUGGCAAGCUGCGGGUUGCUGUGAUUGGGGCCGGAGCGGCGGGUCUGUGUGCUGCACGCCACCUCCUUGCACGGCAGGACCUUUUCGCCCCUCCAGUGGUGUACGAGCUCACCAAGUGUGUAGGGGGCACCUGGGUGUACGAGGAACGGGUGGGACACUACGACAAUGGGCUGCCCAUCCACAGUAGCAUGUACAGAGAUCUCCGAACCAAUAUUCCCAAAGAGGUGAUGUCAUUCCCUGACUUCCCCUUUGCGAAGCAUCUUCCUUCAUUUGUCCAUCACACAGAGGUGCGGAAAUACCUUGAACAAUACUGUGACCACUUCCGCCUCUGGGACCACAUACAGUUUGGCACCAUGGUGGAUGCAGUGAACCCAAUAAAAGAGAAGGGUGGUUGGAAAGGUUUGGCUUGGGAUGUCACCACGACCGAUGGUGUAGACCAGAGCAAAUCCAUCAAGGAACGCUUUGAUGCUGUUAUGGUGUGUAAUGGACAUUUCUAUGACCCUUACAUCCCUACCAUACCUGGAUUGGAGAAGUUCAAAGGAAUGCUGAUGCACAGUCAUGAUUAUCGCAGCGCAGAGCCCUUUGAGGGGAAGUCAGUGGUGCUGUUGGGGGCUGGUCUUUCCGGACUAGACAUCGCUAUGGAGCUGUCUAGUGUCAAUGCUAAGGUGAUUCUAAGUCAUGGCCAGCGGCCCCUGACUUGCCCCCUCCCCCCAGGCGUGGAGCAGGCUCCUCCAGUAGCCAAAGUGCUGGAUGAUGGCACUCUGGAGUUUGAGGAUGGAAAGCAGGCGAUGCCAGAAGUGUUUCUGUUCUGUACAGGCUACAACUUUACCUUCCCUUUCCUGGAUAAACAAGUGGGGGUGCAAGUGAAGGAUCACCUGGUCUUUCCGCUCUACAAGUUUCUGAUGCCACCUGCCUACCCAUCACUUUUCAUAGUGGGCAUCUGCAGAGCCAUAUGCCCUUUCCCUCACUUCCACGUUCAGUCUCAGUUUAUCAUCUCCGUGCUGGAGGGUUCGUUUCCCCUCCCGUCACGUGAGGAAAUGGAAAAGGAUAUCGAGUUGGACAUGGCAGCCCGUCGAGCUCGCGGGAUCGCAACCCGCCACAUCCUGAAGCUGGACUCUGAGCAGUGGGCUUAUAAUGACCAUCUAGCCCAAUUGGGUGGGUUCGAGCCCCUUCCCCGCUACUGGAGCAACCUGUAUGAGUCCAACAAGGUGUUCCGUGCCCGGGAUAUGCUCAACUACAAAACGCACAACUUCACUGUCCUCAAUGAAACAGAUUGGAUGGUGCAGAAUCUGCAAGGCCAGCAGUUGCCCAAACCACAACUUAAACAUAUGUAAUUAUAUUAACAUGGCAUUUUACUAGACUCUCUUACUGACAAUAACACAGCAAGGCAAUUGCUUUAUUUUGGCAUAUGGCGUCAAGCACAGUUUACAAGUUAUUGAUCUCAAUCAUAUAGGUUAGAUUAUGCAAUAAGUGCUCUUAAUUUCCCAGCAUAUUAAAAGAAACACCCCCAGUUUCCCUCAGAAUGUCUCCUGUUUUAUAAACGAGGGUGCUAAGCACUUUAACUGUUUUCUAUAAGCUGAUUUAGACAACCAUUUAUCAUGAUCUACUAGUUGACUUACAAAUAUCAUCUGGAAUUACCUCAGUUUUACGCCAAGUCCUGUCCUGCAGUCUAGGUGUAAAGAGGUUUUAUUUCUCUGUGUGGUGCUCAUUUGCAUUUUUUUAAAAAAGUAAUAAAACUCAGCAAAGGUGCUGUUGUAACUGUCUAUUCCCUGUAUUAAACAAUAAACGCAAUGAUCUGUUUAUUGGGAAA